GAUGGAGCAAAUUAAAAGGGCAAACAAAUUGUUCACCAAUGAUUGUAUAUUUCUGAAGAAAACUUUGAACAUCCCAAUUAUAUCAGAGAGGCCUUUGCUGUUCAAUGGACUUAACUCAAUAGAUUCUCCAGAAAAUGAAACUGUUGAUAGCAGUUUUUCUCAUGAAGAAGAGCAAGUGGCGACUGGGGAAGACCUCUCUCCUGCCAGUCCUCAAGAGUCUGAUACUCAGCCUGUGCAGCCUGAGGAAGUAUCAGCCAGAGAUUUCCUACAGAGACUAGACUUGCAGAUUAAGUUAUCAACACAGGCAGCUAAGAAACUGAAAGAAGAGAGCAGAGAUGAAGAAAGUCCCUAUGCAACUUCCCUCUAUCACAGUUAGGUAGUGAUCAGGGGCAUAAUCAAGCCUGGAUUAAGAGAUCGUUGAAUCAUAAAGAAACCAACAACUGAAGAUUCAAAAGCAUCCCUUUUGGAUUCUCACAGUGUACAUUUUUAAAUCACAGUUAAGAAGUUCUACCUAUUACGAUUGCACUGAAGUGAUUAGUCCCUGCUGGCUUUCUAUAAUUUGAAGUCUUUAUUAUGGCAUGAUAGCAAAAUUGUAUCCAAAAGCUCACCACUUUUGUAGGUGGUGGUAGUUUUUAGACUAGCUUUUGUAAAUACUAGUUGAUAUAAAGCAUCAAAGACUAUUUACAUAUGCAAGCUAAAAACAAUGUUUAUCUUCUGAGAAGUCCUAAUUAUGUAAAAAACUGGUUGCUGGUUGCUGGUUGUGUGAUGCUGAUUUUGCUAUGUGUUUAUAACUUAAGUGCUAUAUAUAUAUAUUUCGGUAUGUAUUACUUUUUCUGUAUUAAUAUGAAGAACCAAAUUUUGUUUGCUAUUUUGUAAAAAUAAACUACAAGAGUCUGAAUGAGAAAAUAAACUAUGUUUUCAUAUUUGA